CAGGCGGCCAUUCCCUCACUCACCGCCCCUUCGCCUUCACUCGGCCGCUCCUCUUUCCCCACCGCUUCCCGAGGGCGGAGCACUGGGCUGAGCGCUGGGGACAGGACAGUGGGGCCGCAGAGAGGGACCGUCCCCGCCCUACGGCGGCCUCACGGGCUAGAAGCGGGUGGAGAUGGACAAGACAGAACAAGAAAGCCGGGAUGGAGGGAAAUCCUGGCCACUCUGACUUCUACAUUGGCCUAGGCUUAGCUCUGAGCUCCAGCAUCUUCAUCGGGGGAAGCUUCAUCCUAAAGAAGAAAGGGCUUCUCAAGCUGUCCGGCCGGGGCGCCGUCAGAGCAGGUCAUGGCGGCCACGCAUAUCUGCGGGAAUGGCUGUGGUGGGCCGGACUUCUAUCCAUGGGAGUUGGAGAAGCUGCCAAUUUUGCUGCCUAUGCCUUUGCCCCGGCCACCUUGGUCACCCCCUUAGGUGCCCUCAGUGUGUUAGUCAGCGCCAUCUUGGCUUCCUAUUUCCUGGACGAGCGGCUGAACGUCCACGGGAAGAUCGGCUGCGUCCUGAGCAUUCUGGGCUCCACGGUGACGGUGCUGCAUGCCCCCCAGGAGGAGGAGGUCUCCACCUUGGCAGAGAUGGCGGAGAAGCUGAAGGAUCCAGGGUUCAUCGUCUUCGCCGCCUGCGUGCUGGUGAGUUCCGCCGUCCUCAUCUGCCUGGUGGGGCCCCGCUACGGCCAGAGCAACGUCCUGGUGUACGUGCUGAUCUGCUCGGCCAUCGGCUCGCUCUCGGUGUCCUGCGUCAAGGGCUUGGGCAUCGCCCUGAAGGAGCUGUUUGCCGGGAAGCCGGUCCUGAAGGAGCCCCUAGGCUGGCUGCUCUUCCUCUGCCUGGUGAUUUGCGUCAGCACCCAGAUCAACUACCUCAACAAGGCCCUGGACAUCUUCAACACCUCGGUGGUCACGCCCAUCUACUACGUCCUCUUCACCACGGCCGUCCUGACCUGCUCGGCCAUCCUCUUCAAGGAAUGGCAGCACAUGGGGGUCGACAACGUCGUCGGCACCAUCAGCGGCUUCCUCACCAUCGUCCUGGGCAUCUUUCUGCUCCACGCCUUCCGGGACAUCCCCUUCACCCCGGACCUGCUGCCCCUGUUCCUGAGGCCGGGGCCGGGCGGCUCCCGGGCGGCCCCGUGGGGGGAGAGGGACGCGCCCCCGGGGUUUCUGCGCCGGCCGCUCCUCGGUCCCGAUGGCCCCGGCAAAAAUGGCCAGGAGGAGGGGGAGGGGGCCUGAAGAUCCCGCAGUGGUGUUCGGCGGCCUUUUGGGCCCCGGGGGGGCCGCCGAACUGCUUCAGAGCCGGCCCCCGACCGGUUGACCACCUCUAGGGCUGGAUUAGAUCCAACCAGAAGGAGAACAAAUAAGUACUCAGCUACCAAGCAGCUGGAGAGCAACAGCAUAACCCUCAGGGGCCGUUUCCCCGCUGCCAGAGAGGAGAGAGUCUCCUCUCUCUGUCGAGGGAAGACACCGGGAGAUCCGGCUGAAUCAUUUUGCAGUAUUCCAUGAAAAAUCCCCCAGAGCUGGGAGCUGUUGCUUUUGAAGUGUUAUUACACCUUUAGUAGUAUUUAAGGGGGCUGCGGGCCCCCCAGUUUUUUUCUAAAUAAAGUUUCAAGUUUUUACAGAG